CUCUCACUAGCACUAUUCGCAAACUCUUGCCAAGAUAACACAAAAAAUGACCGUGCUCUCCACUCUUCUAUUUCUGAGCUUUCUGCUUGGGACCAACCCAACACCAUCUGGCCGCCUCUCCUGUUACAGGAAAAUAUUAAAAGACCACAACUGUCACAGCAUCCCAGAGGGAGUGGCCAGUCUUCGUCCAAUUGACAGGCUUCUUCAAGAUCACUUCUGGGAGGGAAAGGGCUGUGAGAUGGUCUGCUAUUGUAAUUUUAAUGAAUUGCUCUGCUGCCCAAAGGGUAUCUUUUUUGGGCCAAAAAUAUCAUUUGUGAUUCCCUGCAAUAAGCCAUGAAGAAACAUUGUGUUUGAGAAAGGACAGCAAAUGCUGGACUUUGUUCAUGAAGACUGAAAUAAAGCAUAUGUGAUCAUCGGGUCUAAAGAAGAUGGACUUUGAAUGCCAUAUGGAAGCUACUACAGCCAUUUCUUAGGCAUUCAAUGUUUUGUUUAAACAAGACAGUCCCACCAUGUCUACCACCCAUUGAAUAGGUAUUACCUCCAAGGAAGUAGACUUUAGGGACUGUAAAAUUAAAGUUAAUGAAACCCUGCAUGUAGCAGAGCUCUCAAAUCUAAUUUGGUCGUGAUGUUGAUGUUAAUGUUCAU